ACAGGAUCACAUAUAUCGAUUACGGUGAUUUGAUGGGAGUCUCUCAAGACGUUAACAUAUUCCUGCAGAGGAAUAUGAUAACGGUGAUAAAUCUGACGCUGGCCGAGAGAUUGAUUAAGUUCGAGGAACAAUACGAGAACAAUAAGGUCACUUUGUACGUGGACGACAAUCCAUUAAUUUGCGACUGCAAGAAUUACGAUCUGUUUCGCUACUUCAACUUAUCGAUAGACCCGAUGGUUCAAAUCGUGAUCCAGAUCAAAGCCAGCGAACUGGUUUGCUCGGGUCCUCCGAAUUUCGUCGACAUAAAGGCUUGCGAUGUUAAACCUCACAUGGUCACCUGCAACGUUGAAGAGUGUCCAAGCCCAUGCGAUUGUGCCUACCAACCAUACAAAUCUCGUUACAUAAUCGACUGCACGAGUAGAAAUUUAUCAUCUGUACCCGAGCUUCUAGCAGAGAAAUCCAGCAUUUACGAUUAUAAGUCGACGGCUGUGUAUUUGCAAAAUAAUUCUUUGAAGGAAGGACCACGAAAGGGGUUGGGAUACGAAGGGAUCAACGUUUUGAAUUUGGCGAACAACAAUAUAAGACGUUUGAAAUGGAUACCAAAUAAUCUUGACGAAUUGAACGUCGAGGGUAACAACAUAUCGUCUUUGGAGCCGUCGAUUCUUGGAAAACUCAAUUUCACCAAAGCAUUUCUUAGGAAUAAUCCGUGGAGCUGCGAAUGCAGCGCUAUCAAUUUUCUACAUUACCUCAAGGACUACGUUAUUCCAUUUAAGGGUGAUAUCAGGUGCGCAGUGGAUGGAAAGCAGAUUGUCACUUUGAAAGACAAAGAUAUUUGUUGGUGGCACGAGAUGAUGAUUACCUUGCUCAUCAUUUUAGCUGUGAUUUUCAUAACAGUACCAUCGAUUAUGAUGGGCAUCUAUUACAAGUAUAAUCAAGAGAUCAAGGUUUGGUUGUAUGCUCACAACUUGUGCCUGUGGUUCGUGACCGACGAGGAUUUGGAUAAGGAUAAGAAGUAUGAUGCAUUCAUCAGUUACUCGCACGUCGAUGAAGCGUUUGUAGUUGAGGAGCUUGUGUCGAAGCUGGAGGAUGGUCCGAAUCCGUACAAGCUUUGCAUCCACGUGAGGGACUGGAUCCCCGGUGAGAUUAUAACGACGCAGGUGACGCAAAGCGUGGAAAACUCCCGAAGAACGAUCAUAGUUCUCUCUCCGAACUUCCUGAACAGCGUUUGGGGUAAACUAGAGUUCCGCACAGCUCACACGCAGGCCAUACAGGAGGGAAGGACGCGAGUGAUCAUUAUCCUCCUCGGCGACAUCGAUCUCAAUUCGAACCUCGACGAGGAAUUGAAAGCGUACCUGAAGACCAACACCUACAUCAAGUGGGGCGACCGAUGGUUCUGGGAUAAACUGCGGUUCGCGCUGCCCCACAAUCCAAAUAAACGAUCGAACAGGAAGUUCGAGAACAUCAGUGUGAAGAUCGACAAGAUGGAUCUGAUGCGCGGCAGCAUGUUGCCAAAUCCAGGCACAACGCCCCCCGUUGACCCGUUGCUAUCGAAACUGAAUCCGCUCCAAUUCAAGAGCGCAGACGAUGCGAUGGUUACGCCCCCCGCCGAAAGCGGAGCCAAUCACAUCUAUACUGAUGACAAAUUGAAUAGGAAAGGAAGAAGCGCGAAAUUUAAAUUUAGAUAUAAACAACUUUUUAUCACAACCGAUUCAAAGAUAAAAAUACUUCUUGGAUUCAAGCACCGCAUACCAAAUAAGCAGCUAAGACGCAACCGAUUCCAGGUGAAGAUGAUAAAGAUAUUGUCAUUCUUGGUAUGCUUGUUGGUACUGACUACAGCGCAGAAGGCAUGUAAACAGUUGAACACGACGUGCACGUGCCAUGCUACAGCCCCAGGUACGAUCCAGCUGGAAUGCCCAUCGGAAUACACGAAAUAUGGGGAAUUGGAGUAUUACGAUCGGAAGGUGAAGGUGGACUGCAUAUUGUGGACAGUGAACAACGAAUUCAUACCGGUGCCAAUCGACCCCAAACCUACUCUAGAUUUCCUCCCUAACCUCAACGAAACCAGCCUGAAGUAUUACAGGAUCAAGGAUUGUGUUUUACCUGUAAAAACGAUAGAUGCAAUUUGGACGCCGUUAGGUGUCCAAAGUUUAGAGGAAUUGGUUAUCGAAAGUACAACUUUCGAGAAUAACACGUUAAAUAAUUAUUAUUUAAAAAUAAUCAGCAAACAUCUACUGCAUCUCACAUUGAGCGAUGCUCAAUUGGAGAGGAUCGACGAAGAAGUGUUCCUCGGUUUGAAGAAUCUAAAAUCCUUAGACCUCACCGACAACCGUUUGAUCAUCGAAGAAAACCACUUUACUCAUCUGCACAACUUGCUGAAAUUGCGACUCCAGAACAAUAAGAUUACAAACAUCCCCGAGAACGCUUUUCAAGGUUUGGUAAAUCUCCAGAUUCUUGAUCUAAACUACAAUUUAAUAUCCAACUUAAAAAGUGACACUUUCAAAGAUUUGAGAAACAUACGUGCCUUGGACUUAUCAAGAAACAAAUUACGCUCAAUCCCAGAAGAUUUGUUCACCACCAUGGUUAAACUGGAGACUGUGAUCAUCGAGAGAAACGAAAUCUCUCAAAUUUCUUUACAAUUAUUCAACAAUAAUCCUAUGUUACGAAACAUUAUUACGUCAGAUUCAAAUUUGACAGCUCUCCCUGACACAACUUUUUCCAACUUCAAUCAUCUGGAAUUAGUUUAUUUAAGCAAAUGCAUGCUUAAAAAUGUAUCGCAUACUCUUUUCCAAAAUUCUAGUAACCUUGAGAUGAUUCAUCUGGAUGGUAACAGCAUUGAAACGAUACCGGAAAACCUGUUGCACGGUUUGCAUAAGUUGCGUGAAUUGAGAUUGAGUGGGAACAAAUUAGAAACACUUCCAACUCAUUUCUUGAAAGAUUCUGUGGAUUUGGUGGAAUUGCGUUUGAACGGUAACAAAUUUGAGAUAAUCCCUGAAACUGUGUUUCAGAAUUGCACUGAACUAGAAGUUUUAUAUUUAAACGAUAAUGAUAUUAAGAAAUUAGGUUUGAACGUUUUUCGCAAUAAUAGAAAACUGAAAUUUUUGGAUUUAUCCAAGAAUUAUUUGAGCAUAGAAUUUGGCGCAGGUUCUCCUUUCGCGUACGCUCCGAAUUUGGAAAAUUUGAACCUGGCUUCAAACCGAAUUUCCUUCCUCCACGAAGACUUCAAAUACAAAACGAACCUGAACACGCUCAAUCUGGACAACAAUUUAAUUUCUAGCAUAAAUUACCGACAAUUACCGAAUCAGUCUCCAGAAAUUGAUAUAUUCUUGCGGAGUAAUUUAAUAAACAUCAUAGAUUUAUCGUGGGUCGAAGAUUUGGUCAAUGAUAACGUUUUGACUCUGUUCGUGGAGGAUAAUCCAAUAAUCUGUGAUUGCAGAAACUACGAUCUCUUCCGUUACUUCAAUUUGAGUAUAAAACCAUUGGUGCAUUACCAUCUACACAUUGAAGCGGAUAAUCUGCUUUGCGCCGAACCAGAGGAUUACAAAGAGAUUGAAGUGGUUAGAGUUGAUCCAAAAGAUGUAACGUGCAGAGUUGAAGAAUGCCCAGACCCGUGCGAUUGCUUCUACGAACCGCACAAUAUCCAAUUCAUAAUUGAUUGCAGCAGUAGAAGACUAUUAACAAUUCCGGUAUUAAAAAGAAAACCCAAAGAUGUGCACUUUAAUUCCAUUGCGGUUUAUUUGCAUAACAAUUCUUUGGUGAAAGGUCCAAGUAAAGGUCAAGGAUACGAUGGGAUUGAUGUACUGAAUUUAUCCAAUAAUAAAAUUAAACGAUUGGUGUGGAUUCCGGAUGAUUUGAAAGAGUUAAAUAUUGAAGGGAAUUAUAUCACGUCUUUGGGAGCUGAUGUAAUCAAUAAGUUGAAUAUUACGAACGCGUUUUUAAGAAAUAAUCCGUGGAGUUGCGAUUGCGACGUUUCUUUUCUGAUGGACUAUCUGAAAAAUAAUCUGGUUCCAUUUAAAAAAGAAAUAAAAUGCGCUGAAAGCGGAAGACAAAUACACAACUUGCACGAAGACGAUGUUUGCGCAUCGAACAAAUUCAUGCAAUUAUCCAUAAUAAUUAUCGUUCUUUCCCUUGUGACGAUUGCAGCGCUAAUACUGCUACUUUACAACAAAUACACCACAGAGAUUAAAGCAUGGCUCUAUGCACACAGCAUGUGCUUGUGGUUCGUAACUGAAUCUGAUGUGGACAGCGAGAAGACAUUCGACGCCUUCAUCAGUUAUUCCCACGCCGACGAAGAAUUCGUAAUCGGUGAACUGGUUACCAAACUGGAAGGUGGACCUAAACCCUUCAAACUUUGCGUUCACAUACGGGAUUGGAUGCCCGGUGAACUUAUAACCUCGCAGGUGACGCAGAGCAUCAAAAAUUCCCGGAGGACCAUCGUCGUGCUCACCGCUAACUUCCUGAAGAGCAUUUGGGGAGCGUUGGAGUUCCGAGCGGCUCGCGUUCAAAGCCUUCUGCAUAAUAAAUCCAGAGUUAUCAUCAUUAUGUACGGAGAUAUAGACCUGGAAUCUAUACGUGACGAAGAUCUCAAAUCGUAUCUAAGAACUAACACGUACAUUAAAUGGGGUGACCCAUGGUUCUGGCAUAAGUUGCAAUAUGCUUUACCGCACAAAUGAAGCUAAAACCUGAUGUUUUGACAGACUAUUUGUCAAUGUUUAUUAAUCAAUUAACACGCCAUCUUAUGGUAAUUUACUAUGUCCGCAUCUUAAAUUAUGUAAUAAA